AUGGGAAAAUCUCUCUGUGUCGCUGACUCGAACUCGACUUCUGGCCGACCGAUGCGGUUUGCCCCCGAUAGCCUGGGGAACAUCUGGGCAUUUGAUGUCAAAGGAUCGGUGCUGCGUCGCCCUAGACUCGUCCACCAUACGGAGAGCGGUUGGCCUGAUGGAUUGCAGGUGACGAAGAAUGGAUACCUCCUGGUCGCUGCGCUAGGUGGAGUAGACGUUGUGGAUCCUCAGACUGGGCUUUUGCCAGGAAAGAUGAAUACCCCUGGUGAUAUUAUUUUUAAUCUGGAGCGAGGUCCCCGUCGAGAUGACCAGGGGAUGUGGUUGUUGACUGGACGAAACUCUAUUCACCAAGUCCUGAUCAAGGACCUAUAG